GAUACCGUGGCCGCUUCCUUUCCGGCGACUCUGAUUGGAGGAGGCAGAGGCAGAAGCAUUUGGCAGAACUGUCUGGGUGUCGCUCAGGACGCCGGAGAGGAAUUUGGGGGGAACGAAUGAGCUGCCGGCGGUGUCCGAGCGCGGUGGGCGACGGAGAAAUGCAUCAUUUUGAAGAGGAACUAACUUGUUCCAUUUGCUAUAGUAUAUUUGAUGACCCCCGUGUAUUGCCAUGUUCGCAUACUUUUUGUCGAAACUGUUUGGAAAGUGUUCUUCAGUUAUCAAGCAACUUUUCCAUAUGGAGACCCUUAAGACUUCCACUGAAGUGUCCCAACUGUAGAAGUAUUGUUGAAAUUCCUCCAUCUGGUACAGACUCUUUGCCUGUAAACUUUGCAUUAAAGGCUAUAAUUGAAAAAUAUCAGCAAGAGGACCAUCCAGAUGUUGCUAUAUGUAGUGAACAUUAUAGACAGCCGCUAAACGUUUACUGUCUUCAAGACAGAAAAUUAGUGUGUGGCCAUUGUCUUACAAUAGGAAAACACCAUGGCCAUCCCAUAGAUGACCUUCAGAGUGCCUAUAUGAAAGAAAAGGAAACUCCUGGCAAACUCAUUGAGCAGCUGACAGAUAAACACUGGAGUGAAGUAUGUUUACUUAUUGAAAACCUGGAAGAACAGAAAGCUCAAUGUGAGAACAUUGUUCAGGAGGAUAAAAAAACAGUGUUGCAGUAUUUUAAGAGACUCAGCGAUGUACUUGAUCAUAAAAAACAAGCUUUGCUUUUAGCUUUGGAAGAAGUAAACAUGCAAAUUGUGGCAGAAUAUGAACCUCUAAUUGAAAAGAUGAAGAGCAUACGAGAAGAGCAACUUGACCUAAUGUCGCUGAAUACAUCCAUUCAGGAGGAGGAGUCUCCCCUUCUUUUUCUGGAGAAGGUUGAUAAUAUUCGCCAGCUUGUUAAAGCUUUGAAGGCAAAGCCGUUACCAAAUGUUAAGCCUGUUGAAAUCUACCCUCGAAUUGGGCAGGUGCUGAGAGAUGUGUGGUCCAAAACUGAAAUUAGCCAGAUCAACAAGAUUCUCACUCCCAAAAUAAAGCUGAUUUCAAAAGGAAAAGUAUGCAGACAUGGUUGUGAAAAGAACAGACCAUCUAAAGAAUACUUCCAGUCCUUAAAGCCUCUGGCAGUUAUACUCUUUUUCUUGGUUAUGGCUGCUAUUAUCUUCUUUAGCCCAUAUUUAUUGUCUUUCGUAAAGGAAGUAGUCUUCCCCUUUGUUAUGGAUUUCUUGCAAAUACUUUAUCGAGACUUAAAUAAGAGGUUGCAGAUAGUGGUGGAAACCUUGUGGUACACCUCUGAUCUUUAAUUUGAAUACCUAUGUAGAAUACUUCCUUCUUAUGAAUAUUUCAAGUAGCAACUUUUGUUGUGUUUAGAACAAGAACCCAAAUGGAUUAUUUUAAUUUUUUAAACAGAUGCUUACAGCCUUGGUAUGACAGUAAUUAAGGGCUGAUGAUGGAGUCUAUUGUCAGCUGUUCACAAACUGUGAGGUCAUCCCAGAAUUGCAAAUGUUUAGUACUGGGAUGAAAGUUUUAUUAAAAUGAAACCAAUUCCUGCAAAUUUCUAGUCUCAGAAUAUGUGCACAGACUCCCACAAGUAGAUAUCAGAGAGUUCUGUAAAGGCAGAUUGGGGUCCAAGGCAGACUUUCACUCGACUGAAUAUUAAGUCCCUAUAACCUCUUACUGCUAGUACAUCCUAAAACUUUAAGCAUGACUAAAGCCCUACAAGCCAGAAUUGUAUCUAUAGGCAUUUUAGUGGUGAUGUUAAGAGAGAUAUGCAGAAGGCAUAAGUAUCCUUUAGUUUAAACUGGAGUUUAUGUUUUGCUGGAUCUGCCUUGGUUGAUUACUUUAUUUCAGGGAUUUUGUAUGUUCACUGUAGAUUUCGGUAUAAAUUAGUUAUAUUUUUAAAA